AUGAAAUUGGAAACCGUAGCAACGGCAUUGUUGAUAGGCAGUGGUAUCGAUGUCGGCAUAACCACAGCAUGGAGCUUGAGUAACCUACAAGUUCAAAGCAGACUGAGAGGCCCGCUACCUGAUAGCAUCAACAUCAUGGGGCCCAACACAUCCGAGUUCAAGAAAGCGACAGAGAGGUGGGAUACUUAUCAGGCACCCAAAAUUGAGAUGGUCGUGGAACCACGUGAAGAAGACGACAUUCCAAAAAUCGUUCAAUACUGCAACGAAAAUGGCAUCAACUUCUUGGCCUACAGUGGCGGUCACGGAUCGACAACCACGCUCGGGUCCUUUGACGGCAUACAGAUCAACAUGGCAAGGCUUAGAAAUGUAAGUGUUGACCCAAGCGGCAACACCGCUUGGGUGCAGGGUGGAUCGACCGGUGGGAGCGUCAUCAAUCAUCUAUGGGACCAUGGUUAUGUGACUCCAACGGGCACCGCUGGUUGUGUUGGGUACAUGGGCCUGGCACUUGGAGGCGGCCAUGGGCGACUCGAGGGCCUUUACGGCAUGGUCAGCGAUAAUAUCUUGCAGUUCAACCUUGUUACUGCCAACGGCACCGCGAUCCGCGUCAACGAAACAAACCACAGUGGCCUUUAUUGGGCGAUGAGGGGCGCCGGCCACAACUUUGGCAUUGUGACAAGCGCCCAGGUGAAAAUUUAUCCUCGCGGACCGGACACGUGGUAUCACAAAACUUACACCUGGCGCGGCGACAAGCUGGAUGCUGUUUUCAACGCCUUGAAUCAAUUCCACGGCGACGGAACAACCCCUGUCGCCAUGGCGGUAAACACAGGAACCUUUCUCAUGAUGCCAAACAUUACCAAGGAGGAACCCGUCAUCUUUUGGCUCUUCGAGUAUCGCGGCACCGCCGAGCAAGCAAAACCGCUGUUGGCCCCUUUCGACUCCAUUGAAGCCGUGGCCGUCGACGCCAGAGAAUCCACCUACCCGCAGCUUGCAGACCAACCAUCGCUCUGCGGUGGUGCCAAGCGGAUAAUAACCACCGCGGGGCUUCGGACCUACAACCUGACCGCAGAGCACCAGAUAUGGGACGGCUUCAAGAGGCGAGUAUCCAAAAACCCAAUGCUCACUGCCAAAACCAUUAUCAUACACGAGGGCUACGCUACCGAGGGCGUGGAAAGGACGCAUCCCGCGUCCUCGGCCUACCCGUUCCGUGAUGACCGACAUUUGAUGCAGUUCCAGGGCAACGUUGAAGAUUCAAGCCUGGAAGCAGAGAUGUGGGAGUGGGCGAACGAGGUUCGCGAUCAAUGGAACGCAGGCCAGCCGCACCGCGCACCUGACGCGUAUGUCAACUACGCCAACGGUCAUGAGAGCAAGGAAGACUGGUAUGGGCACCAACCAUGGCGCCUUGCCAAACUCCGUGAUCUUAAGGCUCAAUAUGAUCCUCUUAACCGCUUUCGGUUUUAUAAUCCCAUUGUUUGA